AUGCUGCGAGACCUCUUUGCGACGAUCGGCCUCGUGCCGCUGCUACUCUCCUCCCCGGCGGCCGCCACCCUCCUCUACGCCUCAUCGUACAGCGGCGCCAUCACUACCCUGAACCUCGCUCUGUCAGGCACAAACGCCACGCAUUCCACCCUGCAAUCGCUCUCCUCCUCCAACGGCUGCGCGCCCAGCCCGUCCUGGCUCCAGCUGGACAAGGCCAACGCGAGGCUGUUUUGCAUGGAUGAGGGUCUGACCACCAACGUCGGCACCCUCUCAUCCUUCAAGACCGGCGCCGACGGGACGUUGAAGCAGCUGGCCAAGACGAAGACCAUUAGCGGUCCCGUGAGCGCCGUCGUCUUUGGCGAAAAGGGCCACGGCCUUGCCGUCGCUCAGUACGAGGGCUCCUCCGUGAGCUGGUUUGACAUCGCCGAUCCGGCCGCCCUCACGGCAGUCAAGUCCGCGACGUUCAAGAUGUCCGGCCCGGGCCCCAACCCGUCGCGCCAGGAAGCCCCGCACCCGCACCAGGCUUUCCUCGACCCAAAGGGUCAGUUCGUCUUGUUUCCCGACCUGGGCGCCGACCUCGUGCGGGUUUUUGCUGUUGACGGCGCCAACAACCUCGCGGCCGUCGAUUCCCUCGUGGCCGCUCCCGGCAGCGGGCCCCGCCACGUCCAGUUCCUCGUCACACCCCAGGGCAAGACGUACCUGUACCUCAUCAGCGAGCUCGCCAACACCAUCACCGCAUACGACGUUGCCUACCGAGUGAACAAGACGCUCGGCUUCACCGAGGUGUUCUCCGGCUCCACCUACGGCGCCGGGGCCGCUGCGCCCGCUGGUGCUGCCGCCGCCGAGAUUUGGAUUUCGUCUGACCGUAAAUUCCUCACCGUCUCGUCGCGCAACGACUCGGCGUUCAGCAUCAGCAACCCCGACACUGCCGGCGAGGGCGCGCAGAUCCCCUCGGACUCGCUCAACACCUUCUCCAUUGACGCCAAGACGGGCGGGCUCGCGCUCCUGCAAAAGUUCCCCGCGGGCGGGCGCACCCCGCGCCAGUUCUCCGUCAGCAAGGCUGGCGACCUUGUGGCCGUCGGUCUGCAGUCCGACAGCCGGGUCGUUGUGAUUAGCCGCGAUGCCGUGUCGGGGAAGCUGAACGAGAUCAUUGCGAGCGCCAAGGUGGAUGGCGAGGUUACGGCUGUAAUUUUCGAUGAGUAG